AUGGAUUCCACUUUCGGCAAUGUCUUCUUAUUUCUCACGGAUUUGGCUUGGAAGAGCCGUUUGACCAUACCAGUACUGGUCACAACGGCAUUUUUAGUAAUGGACAUAAGGCUGCAGAUCGAAAUUAAUAUAGAGUCGGGCCAGGUGAAUGCCAGUGAUUUGGAUGAAGCUGAUUAUGCGUUCGAAGCAGAAAUCGGUAAUGAUGGACAGGGGGAAGAUAGCGAGAGCGACAUGUACACCGAUGAUCUGGAGGAAUAUAACAGCGAGUUCACCAUUGAUGAUGGCAGCGAGACAUCUCAUUAUAGUCUUGAUAUCUACGACCAUUGGGGCUCUGACUGGGAAAUUGAUGAUGAAACACAACAGUAAUUGAAUAUCCAUAUGUCUAAAUAGAUAUAGAUAAUUACGUAUAAAUAUGCAUAAAUUUUAAGCUUAAA